AUGUCGAUCUACUUUGUCCACGGCUACAGGCACAUGGGAGCUUGUGACUACUUCUCAUACGAGGGUCAGCAGUUCCAUGUGACUUCAAGGAUGUUUCAUAUCCAGCACUGUCCCUUCUCUUCCGAUCAGCCCAGGUUGCGAUUGCCUGGGUUGCCAAGCAUUGGCCUAGAUGUUUCAGAUGUUCCAGGGGCUGCUAGUCGAUGCUUCAAGUGGGCAGCCCUCCGUUGGCACACUCUCAUCUUGGGCGUGUUCUUUUGCUUCUUUGCGUUCGUUUUCAUGUGCGUAGCAGCAAGUGGGCUUGGCAUAGCACAGUUGGCAGCAGGCGUGUCUCUGCUGCUGCUUUCUCUUGGUGCAUUCUUACAGAGGCCAGCACCCCCUGCAUAUGCUCUGGAGAUGUACAUCGACAAGAUUCAGCGUUUCAGCAGGAUCUUGGCCGCAGCCAGGGCUGCAGCUGCGGACGAGGGGCCUCCAGAGCCUGCCCGUCACAUACCCCUGCUUACCGCCACCGUGCCAAUGCACGAAAGCUCCCUGGACCUGGAAGCGGCCUCACCCAGUGGCCAGGACGACAAGGAUGACGCCCAGGAGGACAAGCCAUUGCUCAGAACGGCCGCUCAGUGA